CGCCUUCGCCUCCUACUCCUCUCGCCGCCGCCGCCGCCGCAGCUCCUCGCGCUCCCCUCAGGCUUCCAACCAGCGGAUCGCUCCCAGCUCACUCGGCUGCUGCUGCUGCAGUCUCUCUCUCUCUCUCUCUCAUUUUCUCUCUCAAGUUUUCCUGUCUCCUCAAGAUCUGGGCAAAGGGACGAAAACAUCGAAUUCUGCUUGCUGCUUCAGCGAUGAAGAUGAAAUUAAACGUCUCCAACAUGCAGUUACUGCUUCUCAUUUUCUUGGUGUGGGUCCCAGCCAGGUUGGUGCUGGCUAACAUCCAAGAAGAUGAGGCUAAAAAUAACAUUACCAUCUUUACAAGAAUUCUAGACAGACUUCUGGAUGGUUACGAUAAUCGGCUUAGACCAGGACUGGGAGACAGUGUUACUGAAGUCUUCACUAACAUCUACGUGACCAGUUUUGGCCCUGUCUCAGAUACAGAUAUGGAAUAUACAAUAGAUGUCUUCUUUCGACAAAAAUGGAAAGAUGAACGGUUAAAAUUUAAAGGUCCUAUGAACAUCCUUCGACUUAACAAUUUAAUGGCCAGCAAAAUCUGGACACCAGAUACCUUCUUUCACAAUGGGAAAAAAUCAGUAGCUCAUAAUAUGACCAUGCCAAAUAAGCUGCUUCGAAUCCAGGAUGAUGGGACUUUGCUGUACACAAUGAGGCUUACAGUUCAAGCUGAAUGUCCAAUGCACUUGGAGGAUUUUCCGAUGGAUGCUCAUUCAUGUCCUCUGAAAUUUGGCAGCUAUGCAUAUACAACUUCAGAAGUCACCUAUAUUUGGACUUACAAUGCAUCUGAUUCAGUACAGGUGGCUCCUGAUGGCUCCAGGUUAAAUCAAUAUGAUCUUCUGGGCCAAUCAAUUGGAAAGGAGACAAUUAAAUCUAGUACAGGUGAAUAUACUGUAAUGACAGCUCAUUUCCACUUGAAAAGAAAAAUUGGGUAUUUUGUGAUUCAGACAUAUCUGCCUUGCAUCAUGACUGUCAUUCUCUCCCAAGUGUCAUUCUGGCUUAACAGAGAAUCUGUGCCUGCAAGAACUGUGUUUGGAGUGACAACUGUUCUAACAAUGACAACUCUAAGCAUCAGUGCUCGGAAUUCUCUCCCCAAAGUGGCUUAUGCAACUGCCAUGGACUGGUUUAUUGCUGUCUGUUAUGCAUUUGUGUUCUCUGCCCUAAUUGAAUUUGCAACUGUUAAUUACUUCACCAAAAGAGGAUGGGCUUGGGAUGGGAAGAGUGUAGUAAAUGACAAGAAAAAAGAGAAAGCCUCUGUCAUGAUACAGAACAAUGCUUAUGCGGUGGCUGUAGCGAAUUAUGCCCCGAAUCUAUCAAAGGACCCAGUUCUCUCCACCAUCUCCAAGAGCGCAACCACGCCAGAACCCAGCAAGAAGCCGGAAAACAAGCCAGCGGAAGCCAAGAAAACAUUCAACAGUGUUAGCAAAAUUGACAGAAUGUCUAGGAUAGUUUUCCCGGUUUUGUUUGGUACAUUUAAUUUAGUUUACUGGGCUACAUAUUUAAACAGGGAACCAGUAUUAGGGUUCAGUCCUUGAAUCUAGACACAGGGUUAGUUUUGGGAUGUAUAGCAACAUUAGAGCUGGUUUUGCUAUGUACAGUCUGACUAAUAACUGGUAAUUUGUGAACUAAAAUGUACAGAAUGUAUAUAAUGAUACAGCUUACCAAUUAAUGGAGACACGCAUUUGCUAACUCGUGAAACUGUGGGCUGAGAGCACCCCAUGCCAAAAGAGCCAUUAUCUUUUUAAAGAUAGGAACUUGUUUAAAGAGGAUUUCAGAUGUUCUGAUUUAUUUCCUGUUUUCUAAGACAGGUGAAAACGAGGAGGAAUUUAGAAUGCUUUUGAUUUAGGUAUUAGCUAGAAAUAUUUUCUACUAUUGCCUAAUUAUGAUGUAAGGUAAAAUUUUCAUGCGAAGAUCAGUUUUCCUAAGUAGCAGGAACUGAUAUCUGCAACACCAAUUUCCCUUCCUGAGUGUUAAGCAUCCGUGCUAAUACAAUGUGAAUCUUGGCUCACAUAAGAAGAAAAACUAGAGAUUCAAAAUCAGCUUUUAAUUACUCUGUAUAGUAUCUAGAUCCAUGUACAUAUUACAGCAUGAUGAACUCAAAAAUUAUGAGUCACCACUUACAGGAUGUUAAUUAUGCCUGGAAUUAAAUAAAUAUUGGAAUGUCAUGGUCAUAACAUUUGUAGCUUCACAGUUUAUUUGAAAGUAAUAAGUGAAGUCAAGCAAAUUAUUUUAAUUGUUGGAUACUAAAUUUAAAUAUAUAUAUGGGUAAGAUAUCUAUAUAUCUCUCCAGGUAUGUGUUGCAUUGAAAUUGAUCAGCUAAAUUUCUUGGUGCUGGAGACUGGAAAAAAGCAUCCAGUUUGGCUACUGUGAAGCAACAUUCAUAUUGGAUUAGAAAAUUGUGCCAAAACUCCCACUGAUGAGAAUUCAUAGGUGUCACAGAAUAUAAAUGACCACUUAUAUGAUUCUCUUCUUUCCUGUUUACUGCAAAUUCUGCCUUAAGGCUUCUUUUCAUUAGGACUCAGAAGCCACUAAUUAAAAGGAAAGGGCAGUUAAUUGGCACACUUUUCUGUCUUGAAAGCAGCUCUUUCAGAUAAGAAUUAAUGUAAAUCUGCUUUUGUAAAUUGUAACUUUCAAUUUCGCUGAAUCGAAUUUACAACAGCUUUGUAUAUCAGAAAAGGUUUUGGUAAGAGUUGAACAUUUUUAAACUGAGACUUUAAAACAUUACUGACAGAUUGUGGAUUAUUUCACAUGCACCUACACACACACACACAUGCACAUAAAAUAAGUAGCUAAAUUAGAAGCCACAAUUUUCAAUUUUAUAUAACUAGUAAUUAUUAAUGGGUAAAAUUCAUUUUUCUUUUAAUAUUUUAAAAAUAUUCUUUAUGCCCUGGAAUAUACUGAUAAAAGUUAAUGAUUGUGUUUCAUGCCUAGAUUCAAAGUUUUUGACAACUCUAAAAUCUUUUUGAUUCACAUACACAUUAGCAGUUAUUAGUUGACUUUUAACAAUAGAUACACCUUUAUCAUGGUGUCUUUGUAAAAACGUAAGUAGUCAAACAGUGACAUUUCUUGCGGUUUUGUAUAGUAUUUGAGUCUAGUGCAUAAACAGGUAUGUUUAAAAAACUCAAUAAAAGGAAUAUCUUAUAGAAAUAGCCAAAAUCAAAGCAAACAUUGCUUUUCCUUUGCCUCAUUUAAAUUUUAUUUUAUUUUUUUAAUUUGACAUGUUUUACUUGUUUUAGUGUAAUUCUAUUAUGUGCUUUGCAUGAUUGUAUCUUAAGGUCACAAAUGCAUAUUAUUAACAGAAUUUUCCAUGAAGACAGCCUUGACAUUAAAAUUCUCUUACAGAGGGCAAUCUAUAAUCCUUAAUAAAAUAAAAUUGUUGCAUGAGCUAAUAACUAUAUUUCUUUAAUUCCCUCCCAAGUACACCUUCUUUGUUAUCUAAACAGUUUUAAAAUGUGAACUUUAUUCACCCAUUAAAACAGAAGAUAUUCUAUUUUAUUAUAAAUUGAAACAUAGCAUUGCUUUUCUGUAUACAAAAGUGUGCAGUAGCCUAAGAAAGUAUGUGAUGCUUGAAGACAAGCAAUAAAAAUGCUUUUAUGAUAUGCAUCUAUUAGAAAUUUUUAAAAAUGUUUCCCUUUAAGUUCUACUCUGCCCCCUUAAUGUCUUACUAAUAAAUUAUAAAUUUAUAAAUAUGUAUAUAUGUAAAUAAACUUGUAAAUAACAGUUUCUGUAAGACAACAGAAAAGACUCAUCUCCACCUUGGGCCAAGGGCUGCACAUAUAUUGAAGACACCAGUUUUAUCAGAGCUUAUGGCAGAUUGAACAGAAAGUUUUCACUAUUUUUAUUCAUAUUCUUAUUUGUAGUUUAAAUUGUUAAAAUCUUAUUUCAGCCUAAUGACAUCCUGACAGGUCAGAUGCUCCAAUAAUGUAUCAGGAUUUUCUAUUAUUUCUCUAACAUUGGGAUAUUUUUGCACACUUCUUAUUCUUUUAACAAGUUUAGACAAAUCAAAGGGGACUUUUGCUGUUGCUAGAGGAUGCUUCAUGGGAAAAGGUUUUUAAAAUUAUAGAACCAUGUUCCUUACAAUUAUUCUCCCAUCCAUAGACAAAUUAAAAACAAAAAACAAAAAUGACAUUGAUUUACCAAAAUAAGACCAAUAUUUUAGGAAUCACAUUUUUAAUAUCCUAUGUGGGUCUUUUUGGCCUAUAGAUGUUGUACCUAUUUCAUGCGCUUGUACAUUGACAUAAAGACUUAUGGUAUGUACAAAAUGUAGAUAAAUAGAUAUAUAUAGAGAGAAACAUAAUCUCAUCAUUGUAUAGCUACUGCUUUGAUUCAACUAAUACUUAUUCAACAAAUUUUUUGACCACCUACUAUGUGCCAUGCCCUGCAGUUGAUGUUAAUAUCACUCAUAUGACACCUACAGAAUUUAGUACAUCUAAAGUACAUCUCAUUCUUAUAAAGACUUAAUUCAAAGACUAAAUGAAAAAUGUAAUCCUUAAUGUGCUAAGACGGUAGCUGUCUUGCUCUUUUCUGCUAUCCAUGUUCCUAUGUGUUUGAAUAUAAAAAUGUAAUUAAUAUAACCAUUUAAUAAAUUUUUUAAAACAUUCA